UCAUUGACUUCACAGUGAUUACUGCUUUUAGGACAUUUAUCUUUAUUGGCAGCUAUUUGUUGCCAUUUGUGCAACUCAGUAUUGUGAGGAGGUGCCAGUUUUGCUGAUAACAGAUUCUGACAUCGAUGCAUGGAAUUGGAUAGAGUUCCGGUUUUCUUUGCUCUUCCCAAAGAUCAUGGCAAAUUCUUGCAUUUCUGGGAUAUCUGAUAAGGUCGCCGGAUUCUUGAUACAUCUGUUGCAUUCUCUCGUAAUUAUGGGUAAUGGGGCAAAGGAAGCUUUAGUAUUACAGGCUAAGGUGUUAUUGAAAAUUUCUCCUGAAACAUUAAAGUGUUUAGACGACUUUCAUGUGUGGGAGGAGGUCUUUUCGUGA